AAACUUGAUCAGAAGAGAAAGAUGGAAGCUCUGAAUUUCCUUCUCUGUCUGCUUCUAACUGCCUAUCAAGCAAACACUAUUGGGUCAUGGACAACAGGUGACUGGCUGUAUACUACUGAGGUUCCUUCAGAACCAUGUGGUGACUAUCUGACAGAUUGGAUGGGUGAAUUUUUCAGCCCCCGGUACCCAAAUAGCUACCCUGAUAAUGCACGAUGCACAUGGACCAUUCAUAGCACUGGGGGAACAACUGUGCUAUUGACCUUCACUGAUGUUUAUUUGGAAACAUGUUGUGAUUACAUCAGAGUAUAUGAUGGUCCUUCUACCCUCUACCCGUUACUGGACGAAAUACGAGACUACAAGAACAAACGCUACAACUCCAGCAACAAUGAUCUGACGGUGCUUUUCUACAGUGAUGGCAGUAUAUCAAGAAGAGGAUUUCAUGCAAACUGGGUCUUUGUAGAUUCCAAUUCAUGCAGGCAUAACUGUGGACGCUCCCUUGGCUCUUGUUCCUGUAAUGAUUCCUGUCAGGACAAUAGAAACUGCUGUUAUGACUACGACAGCUACUGCUCAGAAACAACAAUAGAAACAACAACAGCAGCAACAACAACAUUCUGGAUUGAGACAACAGCUCCCUCCUGCAGGUAUAACUGUGGACACGACUUCUACAGAUGCUCAUGCACCUACGACUGUCAGUACUAUGGCAACUGUUGCCCUGACUACGACAGCUACUGUUUCAUGACAACAACAACAACACAAGAAACAACAACAACACAAGAGACAACAACAACACAAGAAACAACAACAACACAAGAGACAACAACAACACAAGAAACAACAACAACAACACAAGAAACAACAACUGAGUUUAUAAUAGUAGACGAAGGCUCCUGCGAGAAUUAUUGUGGUGAAUUACUUCCCAUCUGUGCAUGUGACGACCUCUGUCAAAAUUAUAAUGACUGUUGCCCUGAUUACGACAACUACUGCCUUAUAACAACUGAACGGCCAACUACAACAGAAUUCCCCUCCUGCAUGAAUAACUGUGGACACAACCUCGGCCGCUGCUCAUGCAACUACAACUGUCAUAACUAUGGCAUCUGUUGCCCUGACUAUGACAGCUACUGCUUAGAAACAACAACAGAAACAACAACAGAAACAACAACAACAGAAACAACAACAACAGAAACAACAACAACAGAAACAACAACAGCAACAACAUACUGGAUUGAUACAACAGCUCCCUCCUGCAGGUAUUCCUGUGGAUACGACCUCGGCAGCUGCUCAUGCAGCCACGACUGUCAGUACUAUGGCAACAACUGUUGCCCAGAUUAUGAAAGCUUCUGCAUAGCAACAAUUCACCCGCCAGAUGAUCCAACAGCUCCCUCCUGCAUGUAUAACUGUGGGUACCACCUUGGGUACUGUUCAUGCUCCAGGGCCUGUCUUUUUUUUGGUGACUGUUGCCAUGACUACCAAAACGCCUGCUUAAGAACAACAACACCAACAACAAGAACAACAACAACAAAGUCAGCAGCUCCUUCCUGCAUGUGGAACUGUGGACAUGACUUCGGCAGCUGCUCAUGCACUCACGACUGUCAGUACUAUGGCAACUGUUGCCCUGACUACGACAGCUACUGUUUCAUGACGACAACAACAACACAGGAAACAACAACAACACAAGAGACAACAACAACACAAGAAACAACAACAACACAAGAGACAACAACAACACAAGAAACAACAACAACACAAGAAACAACAACAACACAAGAAACAACAACAACACAAGAGACAACAACAACACAAGAAACAACAACAACACAAGAGACAACAACAACACAAGAAACAACAACUGAGUUUAUAAUAGUAGACGAAGGCUCCUGCGAGAAUUAUUGUGGUGAAUUUCUUCCCAUCUGUGCAUGUGACGACCUCUGUCAAAAUUAUAAUGACUGUUGCCCUGAUUACGACAACUACUGCCUUAUAACAACUGAACGGCCAACUACAACAGAAUUCCCCUCCUGCAUGAAUAACUGUGGACACAACCUCGGCCGCUGCUCAUGCAACUACAACUGUCAUAACUAUGGCAUCUGUUGCCCUGACUACGACAGCUACUGCUUAGAAACAACAACAGAAACAACAACAACAGAAACAACAACAACAGAAACAACAACAGCAACAACAUACUGGAUUGAUACAACAGCUCCUUCCUGCAUGUAUAACUGUGGACACGACUUCGGCAGCUGCUCAUGCACCUACGACUGUCAUAACUAUGGCAACUGUUGCCCUGACUACGACAACUACUGCUUUAUAACAACUGAACAGUCAACUACAACAGCUCCCUCCUGCAGGUAUUCCUGUGGAUAUGACCUCGGCAGCUGCUCAUGCAGCCACGACUGUCAGUACUAUGGCAACAACUGUUGCCCUGAUUAUGAAAGCUUCUGCAUAGCAACAAUUCACCCGCCAGAUGAUCCAACAGCUCCCUCCUGCAUGUAUAACUGUGGGUACCACCUUGGGUACUGUUCAUGCUCCAGGGCCUGUCUUUUUUUUGGUGACUGUUGCCAUGACUACCAAAACGUCUGCUUAAGAACAACAACACCAACAACAAGAACAACAACAACAAAGUCAGCAGGGCUGAACAUCGAACCUGCCAGGGAGAACAUCAAUGCCAACAACACAAGAAUGGGCCGCUUCAAUGCCAGCAUAGCCUUCUACACCUCCAGCAGUUUCUACCAACAAAUCUAUGACUCUCCAUAUGAAGUCAACCUGAACCAGCUUCUGUAUGUUCAAGUCAAGCUAAACAGGCCUGACAACAGCCUGGAUCUCUUUCUGGACACCUGUGUAGCGUCUCCAAAUCCCAGUGACUUCAAAGACCGUUCCUUUGACCUGCUGCGUAACGGAUGUCCCAGAGACAACACUUAUUAUUCCUACACCAGCGGUCAGCACUAUUAUGCUCAGUUCAGUUUCCGGGCUUUCAAGGUUCUCCGGACUCACGCCUACGUGUACCUGCAGUGUAAAGUGAUCAUCUGCCCCGAUAACGAUUACAACUCUCGCUGCCGUCAAGGAUGUCGCUUCCGUCGCAAGAGAUCCCUCGACAGCACCUACCACACCAAUACUGUGACGCUGGGGCCAAUCAAACUCAAAGGAGGGAGACGCACUUUCAAGGCAGCGUGAGAAGAUUGAGGCAGCAGAGUGAUUUGAUCAUCAUCAGCAUCUCUAUUUCUCAUCUGUAUCAUUAAUCAAAUCAUAUUAUCCUUCCUAAGCAAAUUGAUUUAAAUGAAAUUUUCUUGAAUUCAUUAAAGCAAUCCUUCUUCAGAUGCACUUCUUUGUCUCUAUCA